AUGCUUCCCGGGUCGAACAAUCCCGAGUCUCUGUCGCCCGCCUCAUCACCUUCGCUUGCAUCCCUCACCCGCAAACGACCGCUCUCGUCGCCUGUUUCGACUGCGUCCGCGCCCAAAAGAGCCAACUCGGAAGACUUGAUGGAUCAGGGCGCCUCGUCGGACCUCGAGGGGAGCAUCGGCGCCAGCAGGCUCAACAUCGCGAGCACCCCUCGCUCGCCGACCUCUGCCUCGCCCGCGUCCGACCAGGGCGAUGUCGACGCCGACGAGACUCUCACGGCGCCGCCAGAGAUGGACCAGAAUGGCGCAGAGGGAGAAGUGGACGAGACGGGCGGCCUCCCUUCCGUUGGAGACGACGAGCUUCCGCCGUACGAAGCCGCGUUCCAAUACAACGGCAUUGCGCCCGACAUGCAGCUCGAGUUCGUCAACGAGGCGCGGAAGAGACAGCUCGAGGAAGGAGACGCGUGGUACAUCAUCCCGCGAACCUGGUUCAGGCGUUGGCAGGCGGCUUGCUCGGGCGUGCAGGAGUCCAAGGACGACGACGCUUCUGUGACGCCUGAGGAGGUCGGACCGAUCGACCUGACGGUACUUUACGACGAGAAGGGCGACCUGCGCAAGCCCUUGACGAUUGGUGUCGACGUCGAGGUUGUUCCGGCCGACGGCUGGGGCUACCUCACGCAGUGGUACGGCGUUACGGGGACGCCGUUCGAACGUGACGUUGUCGCGCCUGCAGGACCCGGCAGCGAGAUGAUCGAGUUCUACCCUCCCAAAUUCCACCUCUACCUCCUCGUGCCAACGUCAUCGCCACCGGAUGCUUCGGUCUCUCUGCCCUCUUUGCCAAGCCCGCCGACCGUCUCCUACGCCUCAUCCGCCCAGUUCUCCAGGCUCGUCGAAGACGCCGCCUCGGCUUUCGAGCUCCAACGCCCAGUCCGCCUCUGGCGUCUCCCGCCCAUCAGCGACGAGCUCUCGGCGCACGAAGGCGCCGCAUACGUCUUCACCGACAAGCUGCGGGAGACGGGUGUCGAGUUGCUCGACCCGAAACAGAUCGGCGACGAGACGACCCUCCAGGACGCGCUCCUCACGGACGACGAGACGCAUCUCGCGGUCGAGCAGCAGAAUGAGGACGGAGCGUGGAUGGUGGAUGCCGAGGCGCUCAUGACUGCCCUCGCGGCAGCAGAGACGGACGCGCCGCCUUCCGAGUCGGCCCCGCCGCUUCCUGAGGAGGACAAGGGCGCGACGAAGAAGAGCGGAAUCGGCAUCUUCUCGGGCGGCUGGUCCUCGGGGCUGCACAAGCCGAAGACGCCGGGAUUCAGUGCGGGCAAGGAGAAGGAGAAGCCGAGGAGCGGCAACGGUGGAGGCAUCUUGGGCGCUGCCAUGGGGGCUUUGACGCGGAGCAAGAGUACGCAGCAGGGUCAGCGGGGACUCGUCGGCUUGCAGAACCUCGGAAACACCUGCUUCAUGAACUCGGCGAUCCAGUGCAUGAGCAACACGAAGGAGCUGCAGGAGUACUUCCUCUCCGGCGUCUACCACUCGGAGCUCAACCGCGAGAACCCGCUCGGCAUGCGCGGCCAGGUCGCCGAAGCGUUCGGCCAGCUCAUCGAACGGCUGUGGAACGGCACGGGCUCGUCGGUCGCGCCGCGCGAGUUCAAGCAGGCCCUCGCCCGCUUCGCGCCGCAGUUCUCGGGCUACGGCCAGCAAGACUCGCAGGAGCUGCUCGCCUUCCUCCUCGACGGCACGCACGAGGACCUCAACCGCAUCAAGAAGAAGCCGGCGACCGAAGCGCCCGACUGGGAGGGUGGCGGCGACAAGGAGAUGGUCGAGCUCGCCAAGACGUGCUGGGAGCAGUACCGCAGCCGGAACGACUCGGUCAUCGUCGACCUCUUCCAGGGCCAGUACCGCUCGACAGUCGUCUGCCCCGACUGCGACAAGGUCUCGAUCACGUUUGACCCGUUCAUGUACGUCACGACCAACCUGCCUGUCACGAAGAAGUGGACUGGCCGCAUCAUCGUCGUUCCCCUCGACGCCGCGCGCGGAACGCUCGCCGUCGACCUCGAGGUGCCCAAGUCUGGCACGAUCAGGACGCUCAAGGCUGCCGUAGGCCAGCUCGUCGACAUUGACCCGAAGCGCCUCAUCAUCACGGAGGAGUGGCACGGCAAGUUCUGGAAGGACUGGAACGACGACGAGUCGGUCACCGAGAUCGGCGGCAACGACACCAUCAUCAUGUACGAGACGACUGCCCCGCACCCGCAGCCUCGCCCUCGCAAGCCGCGUCCAGAACAGCCCGCCAACCCUACGGCACCCGUCAUCCUCCCCGUGUCGCAUGUCAAGGACACCAGUUCUGGCAGGAUGCGCUUCGGUACCUACUCGCCAGACAUGUGGGGCACGCCCUUCAUCGUCACGCUCACGCCCGAGCAAGCCUCGAGUGUCGCCGGCAUCAAGCGCGCGCUCGCCCGGCACUACGCGCGGGUGACCAAGCGCGGCGACGAGCUCAUCGAGAUCGUAGAGGAGGAGAUUGCCGAGGACGAGAAGCUCGCACUCGCGGCCGAGGAGACCGACAGCGUCGAGCCGUCCACCAUCAACUCUUCGACCGAGCAGUCGCAGGCGUCAACGCCGCCCAACGAAGCCAUGGACGUUGAUGCCGCGUCUGCGCCGAUGGCCGCUUCGAACGACGACACUUUCGUCCCGACAGUCGUCGGUCCUGCUCCUCCGGUCACGAGCAACAUGUCCUCUCUUUCGUCCGCAGCCUCCUCGCUUCUCGCGGGUCCUUCUACUACUCCUUCUACAGCGCCUUCCACCUCGACUCCCGCACGGCAGCGCCGCAUGCCCUUCCGCGUCGAAGUCUCAAAGCGAGCGCAUCCCGAAGGCCGCAUCCCGGUCAACCAGCACACGACGAGCGACACGGUCGAGCUCGCCGAGUACGCUCGGGUCGUCCAGGCUGUUCGAGCACACAGGCAGGCUGGCACGCCGAAGCCUGAAAGCGAGGACAUCGACAUGUUCUCGCCGAAGGCUGAGCGCGGCGAUGAUUCCGAGUCGGCGGACGCACAGGACAAGGACUGGGAGAAGGUCGAGAAGCCGCAGCCGGAGGACGUCGAGGUCAAGCCGGUUCCGCUCCUCACUACCGGUCACUACGUCGUCGCGCACUGGGAGCCGGCGGCGAUCGACUACUUCUUCAACAAUGAGACCGCCACAUGGUCCAUCGUCCAGGACAUCGUCGAUCCCGCCAUCACCGCGCGCCAGCAGCAAGGCAAGGGCGCGAAAAAGGUCAUUACGCUGUCCGACUGCCUGACCGAGUUCACCAAGGAGGAGCGCCUCGGCGAGGACGACAUGUGGUACUGCUCGCGGUGCAAGGAAUUCAAGCAGGCGACGAAGAAGGUCGAGCUAUGGAAGGUGCCGGACGUCCUCGUCUUCGCCCUCAAGCGCUUCUCCUCCGGCCGAUGGAGUCGCGAGAAGAUCGACGACCUCGUCGACUUCCCCGUCCUUGAAGGUCUCGACAUGGAGCAGUUCGUCCAGGGCGACAAGGUCGAGCAGCGCCUCGCCCAGCAGAUGCCCGAUGCGCCCGCCAUCUCCGAGCCCGACUCGCUCGUGUACGACCUGUACGCCGUCUCGAACCACUUCGGCGGUCUCGGCGGCGGCCAUUACACUGCUUUUGCCAAGAACCCAGAGAACGGCAAGUGGUACGACUUUGACGACUCCCGUGUUACCGAGAUCAACGCCGAGCGCGUCAAGUCGUCGGCCGCAUACUUGCUCUUCUACCGCCGACGAACGGCGCGGCCCAUCGGCGGUGCCAAGUCGCGCGAGCUGGUCGAGUCGGCAAACGCCUCUCGUGUCGCGUCCGCCGCACCUUCCAUCGCUGCCUCCGAAGCCGCACAUUCGCCUUUCGCAUCUCGCGAGAACCUCAAUGCGUCGACCUCGACGGAGGAUUUCUUCGGCUGCAUCGUCAACAAGUACGGCUCAUCGUCGGCUUCGCGCACUGUCGACUCGAGCGACGACGAGCUGCCCGUCCCAGGCUCCUUCCACACCUUCUCCUCUCACCACGAGCCGUUCGCCCGUUCCAGCCUUCCCUCGUCCGCCUAUCAGCUCGACACGCCCACAACGGACGCCGACGCGCCUCCCUCACCACCCGAAUCCGUCGAACCAGGCUCGCCGAAAGACCUGAGCAGCCUCGGCGGCGAUGACGCGUGGACGAAACAGACGCUGCCCGACUUGACCGACUCGGAGGUUGUAGCCGUCCCGCCAUCUGCUGGUCAGGACGACGCUCAAGCGGACGAGAUCAAGCUGCCGCAGGGACCGAGCACUCUCGACACACUCGAGUAG